AUGGUCAACCUCUCCCGCGUAACCCAAGAAUCCGAGUCGCACCGCGCGCGCCGCGAGACGCGAGACGUCUCCGUGCAGGACUCGCAGUAUGCCGGCGUCUACGGAACGCAGUACGCGGCCGAGGAGCUGCCGCUGUAUGUGAUGAACCAGCAGGGGAUGCCGCCUGAUGUUGCGCAUCAUCUCGUGAGGGAUGAGCUGAGUCUUGAUGGGAAUCCGUUGCUCAAGUAG